UACGACGCUUAACCUUACUUCUCCGGUUUGAAAUUUUUAUUUCGUUGUUUAUUUGAAAAAAACCAUAAACUUGCGAAAAUGAGUUCAAUUGGAACAGGGUACGAUCUUUCAGCGUCGCAAUUUUCUCCUGACGGAAGAGUAUUCCAGGUCGAAUAUGCUCAAAAAGCGGUUGAAAUUGGAGGAACCGCUAUUGGGCUAAGAGGGAAGGAUGGCGUUGUAUUGGCUGUCGAGAAAAUCGUCACUUCAAAACUGUAUGAGCCUGGCUCUGGCAAAAAGAUAUUCCACAUUGAUGAAGGAAUUGGCAUGGCAACUUCUGGUUUGAUCUCUGAUGCCAGGCAUUUGGCGAAAAAUGCUAGAAAUGAAGCUUCCAGCUACAGGAACCAGUACGGUAACUCAGUGCCCCUGAAAUACCUGAACGACAGAGUCUCGAUGUAUAUGCACGUGUACACACUGUACAGUGCUGUCAGGCCAUUCGGCUGCAGUAUA